AUGAAUAACAUCAACACUGACCUUACAGAAACUGAGAUCUUGGCUGUAUACAGCCUUCAAUUUUCAUCCCAAAAAACUAUUGCAUCUGAUAAUGAUGAAGAUUAUGAAGAAGCAGAAACUGAAGUGAAACGUUUACACUACAUGAGAGAGCAUCUGUUGAACAUGCACGAGACACUUAUUCAAAUAUACAGCAAUAUAAUGCUUGCUGGAAAUAACCAUAUGACAGAUGAUUUCCAAACUGUUUGCUACCUUGGUUCUCCUAUGCAUAUCACUGCAGAGCGUAUAGUACAUAACAACUUAGACGGAAGCAAUGUAUAUUGGUGGAUACUUUGCCACCCACAUUUACAUAAUGGAGUCGGAAUCAACAGCUUCCGUGAUCAUUACAGAAUCAAUAGAAGAACAUUCAACUGUAUGGUCAAUGUUUUGUCCAGAGACUCCGAGUUCAAAGCAUCAAAUGAAAGAGGAAAUACUAGCCAUUCCAUAUGGAAACAGGUGGCUAUUGUUCUCUGGCGCCUGAGUAAUACCCACUUGGGAUACAGAAUGGCAUCAGAGAUGUUUGGUGUCAGCCAGGCAGCUUACCACCGGUUCACUGAGAGGUUUCUGAAAGCUAUGAUUUGCUGCUUUUUGAAUGACACAAUCAAGUGGCCAUCGACUAUUAGAGAAAGUCGCAGAGUAAUGUCAGGGUUUGCUGAAGCAUCGCGCAGAACAGGGAAUCCUCAUUUAAAAAGCUGUAUUGGUGCAAUUGAUGGUAAACUUGUGGUAGUUCAGAAACAAUCUUCGUUUGGAAAUAGCUGA